CGCCCUUGUCUUAAAUGGGUCGGUUUAGCGUCGGGAACCGUGAAGAUGUGAUUGUUUCACCUGGAAAACGAGAUGACGCUGUCCUUUGUUGAUGACUUGGGCUACUCAGUGAAUACACGAGGUUAUUACAGUGUUCAACAGAAACUGCCUGGUAUUGUGUAUGAUUUACAGAAACUUCCCAAUCAUAGUGGACCUUUCAUCAAUAUUUACUCGUUUUACGAACUGACAUUAACAAUCAGUCACAGAGGAGGACCUAGUGAACAAUGCCGAGACACGGACGAAGACAUGGACUUGGUCACAGAAGCCAUUUUGGCCAUGGCGGCCAUUUUGGUCAUCGCAGUAAUUUUGGUCAUGGCGGUCUUUUUGGUCAUAGGAGCCAUAUUGGCCAUGGCAACCAUUUUGGCCACACCAGCCUCUUUAGCCAUGGCAAUCGUACUGGUCAUGGCCGAUCUAACCUUUCACCGGCAGAGCUAUUGCUUCUAAAUCAACUGAACGCCCCAAUGAAUUCAACAAACAUGAUGAUGAAUACGCCAUCGGCAUUUCCGGUAGGGAACUACUAUGGAAUUCUAGGAACUCCCGGUGGUGCCCGAGUAAUGGUGUCGUCUGCUCCCGGGUCCGACAACUCUACCCCUCAGUCUGUCGGAUCUUCCGUGGGUGUGUGGCCACAGACGCCACAAGGAGGACAUGGCGUGUCACAAGUCGGAUUUGAGGGGAUGCUGAACGAACCAAGCGCUCCCUAUAUCAAUGCCCCUCCGUCUUAUUCGGACGCCACUGUGGAUUACCAGGUAGUAUCAACGGCAGGCACGUCUGGCGGAGUCCUGAAGCCAUUAGGGAUGGAAGGCCAGGAGCAGAGUUACAGUUUUAUCACCAAAGGUCAAGCCGAUACUGACCUCUUCCCCAAACCCCAGGUCAACAGGCCGGACCCCUUGGAAUACAUUCAUGCCGCGCCCCACAAUAGAUACCGGUCCACAUUACCACGUGAUGAGGACUCGCACAGCAGAGGUUGUUGCGUCAUAUCCUGAGUCCAUCUCAUCCCUGUGUUUAUCAAGACACGGCUGCCCUAGAGCGUGGAUACCGAAGGGUUCAUCACCUCAUGAAUGCUGCUCUCAAUAUAUUUUCAAGACCUCAGUGUAUGAAUCGUAACAGUAACGUUGCCCGAUUGAAGGCAUUGAAUUUAUGUUUGGUCGGGCUUGUGUGCUGCUCUCUCAAUAUAUUUCCCUGACCUCAGAGAAUGAAUUGUAGCGGGUUACUUGGCCCGACUGAAGAUGCUGGAGGUAUGUGUGCUGCCAAUAUACUUCACUAUUAUCAGGGAGAAUAGAAGACGCUGUAGAUUAUCCCUGCUAUGAAAUUGGAUGGCAGGUGUCCUGAAAUGUGUUCAACGUCGCAGGACGAAAGGGGGCAGCAGGAGGGAGAUGUGGAGGGAAGCGGGCAACGCUGUGCCAGAUAUCGAGAUUAAUUAUUAACUCCUCUGAAGAGGAAACAAACAUUUUAUGUAGUACGUGCAGACAUAUCAUUGAGAAAAUUCAGUACUGAAUACAUAAGUAUUGUUGAGCAAUAUAAAACACUACGCACAUGCACCAACGAACGCACGCUCACGCACAGACAGGAAUGCCAAUUCAUGCUUUCCUUCCUUUUGUCAUCAUACCCUGUAACCUUACUGCUUAUAAUGAAUGAACUUGGCUAGAUAACUAAUAUUACUGAAUUAACUAACAGUGACGAUUCCACAGUUUUGUGUUUUCGUGUCAAAACAGAAACAAACACAGGCGACUGUAUUGCUACAAUACUGGGUGCCACAGCUAACGGUCUCCUCAAGAUUCACGAGUGUGAUCAUAAUAUAGGAGUAAGUGCAUCGUUUCAAAGGAUAUGUGUCAAGUAACCAUAGACCAUCUGAGGUAUCACCUUAAAUGAAUAAGCAUGUUCGAUAGAAAAACAGAAGAAUCGAAAGCAGAAGUGCGUUAUAUAAAUAACCAUGAAGCAAAAAAUGAUUAAAUGGUAUUGUAGAUGGGGGUUAAAGAUAUAUAUGCUCAGCAGAAGAAAAAAAACGUCAGUACGAAUUCAAAAUUAGAUAGGCACUGUAAUCAAAUCAUUACAGAAAUUUAUUUUUUUGUGUACAAUAUCUUGACACAUCAAUGAAUAACUCAAGACAGUACGUGAAUGUUUGCAGUCCAUUCAGACUCUUGACUUCAGUAUCUAGUGUGACCACCACGAGCGGCAAUAACUGCAGCACGGCGUCUAUGCGUGGAGUUGACCAAUCGAUUGAUGAAGGCCAUUGGCAUCUUGAACCA